UGGAUUUUGGAUGUUAACUAAUAUGAAGUUUUGCUGACAGUUUUGAGAGAGAUGGAAGAGAAACGGGCAAAAAUAAGAGAGAAAUGAGAAUUAAAGAAUAUGAGUGAGAGAGUGCGUGUAGCAGAGAGAGAGAGACAGAGAGAGACAGAGACAGAACAGUGGCUUUUAUGGUUUUAAGCAGAAUUGUGAAAAUAUGUAUAUUUUGGAAACUGAUGCGUAAGAACUAUGCCAGUGUCUGAAGUUUUGUUUCUAGGAUAUUUGGCUUUAUAUGUACAAGUCAGUGAGAGACUGGCAAUAAUGUGUGUGUGUGUGUUUGUGUGUGCACAUAUGAGUUAGGCACAGACUUGGAGCUCUCACUGUUAUAAGUAGAAUUUAUGAGUUAUGUGUAUGUUUGUGAAAGUGCAGACUGUGCAGAGUUGUGGUGUGUAAAGAUUUAUUUUGUGAUAAUUUGACUCUGUAUGUGAGUCGGUGAGAGAGCUGUGGUAUUGAUUGAUUGUAUAUAUUUGUGUGUGUGUGUGUGUGUGUGUGUGUGUGUGUGUGUGUGUGUGCUGGGUUAUCACUGCCCCUGAGUCUUGGCUCACUGUCCCGUGGGCCAGGGGAGCAGAUGGCCAGGAGAGCGAGGGAUGAGGAGAAGCAGUUUAGAAAUGGAAAUAGAGGGAUGAGAGAGGGCUAAUAGCGAGACACAGAGAGAACAAAAGAGGAAGGGAGAAAAUCACCGAGGGUGGAGUUUGGAUUUACACUUUUGUCAGUGUGCUCACAACAGCAGUAUUCAUGUGAUAUGUCAAAUUACUGAAACAAAGAAUUGUGGUGAGCACCUGCGGCUCUGUCCUCAGGACUACACCUGCUGCUCCAGUCAGAUGGAGGAGACACUGGCUCUGCAGAGCGAAAGGGACUUUCUUAAGGGAAUUGAAGACACCAGCCAGUUCUUGUUGACCACCUUUACCCAGAGACACCGCAAGUUUGACGAGUUCUUCAGGGAGCUCAUCGACCUGUCAGAGAAAUCUAUGAACCAGAUGUUUACAAAGACUUACGGCUGGCUCUUCACCCAGAACGCACACGUCUUCCAGGAACUUUUUGUGGAGCUUCGCAGAUAUUAUUCUGGGGGCAGUGUGAGUCUAACAGAGGUUCUCUCAGAGUUCUGGUCUCGACUGGUGGAGCGGGUCUUCUCUCUGGUCAACCCUCAGUACCAGUUUAGUGAAGACUACCUGGAGUGUGUGAGCAAACAUGCUGAACAGCUGCAGCCGUUUGGAGAUGUGCCCCGCAAACUGCGCGUACAAGUGUCCAGGGCGUUCAUUGCAGCCAGAGCACUGGCUCAGGGCUUGGCCACUGGUCGGGAUAUUGUCAACAAAGCAUCAAAGUUGACUCCAGGUUCAGAGUGUGUGCGAGCCCUGAUGCGUCAGUGGUACUGCCCUCUGUGUCGAGGCAUGCCCUCCCUGCGCCCCUGCCACUCCCUCUGCCUUAACGUGAUAAAGGGCUGCCUAGCCAAUCAGGCCGACCUGGACACCGAAUGGAACAACUUCAUCGAUGCUUUGUACCAGGUAUCAGAGAAGUUGGAGGGGCCAUUCAACAUGGAGCUUGCAGCUGACUCCAUCUCUGUCAAAGUAUCGGAGGCCAUCAUGCACAUGCAGGAAAACAGUGUCAGCAUCUCCACUAAGGUGUUCCAAGGCUGUGGGAGCCCCAGGCCAGUGCCGGCACGGUCUAAACGCUCACCCAAAGAACCCGGGGGCAACAGGAGGCCGUUCCGCACCUACAGCCCUGAGGAGAAACCAACCACAGCUGCAGGGACCAACCUGGAUCGACUGGUUACUGAGCUAAAGGAACGACUGCGGCCCAUGCGGGGCUUCUGGGUGUCCCUCCCACACACCAUCUGCAAUGAUGAGAGGAUGGCUGCCGACGUCACUAAUGAAGACCGCUGCUGGAACGGGCAGACCCGGGGGAGGUACCUCCCGGAUGUGACAGGCGAUGGGCUGGUCAGCCAGAUCAACAACCCUGAGGUGGAGGUGGACAUUGCCAGGCCAGACGUGAGGACCAGGCAGCUGAUCAUGGAGCUGCGGGUGGCCACCAACAAACUGAGACACGCUCAGACCGGACAGGACCCGGACUUCAUGGACAGUGAGGAGGGCAGUGGCUCAGGGGGUGGAGAUCGAGGUGAGAGGUACAGUGAUGACUGGCCAGGCUACGGGCCGUAUUCCCCGCCUCACAACAAGCCUCCUCGUAACCCCGCCUCCAGCCCUGGGAAGCCUCCUCGCGUCCGAGAAAGAAACGGCUCCAAGUGGAACAGGAACAACGGCCAUGGACGAGUAAAAUCUGCCACCAGUGGGCCUGCAUUCGCCUCGCCCCCCUUGUUGUCUUUGUCUGUCAUGGUCACUGUCGCCACCAUGUGGAGAUAGCUGGUUACUGCAGCCUGGAGUUCAUCCAUGGUGGUGAGGUUGAAGGGAAUUAUUGGUAGUGGUGGAGUCCUAAGCACAUUAAAAAAAAAAAAAAAAUCUAUUUGGUUACACCAGCAUAAAUGAGACAAAAUAAUGUUGAGUCUGAAAAGUAACUUGGGGCCAAAUUUGUUGUUUUACAGGUUAGCAAUAAUCAAAAACCUGUUUAUUGCACAAAAUAUUAUUGGUUAUACUGAAUAUUUUUCUGACUGUCCAAGCCGAAAGUGAGGUACUGCAAGCCAUCAUAUUCAUUUAUUGAAAAAAAAAAAAAAAAAAAAGAAUUCUUAAUUGCUACCAGUACCACUAAGCACAAUUCAUGAUGCUGUAAAGCACUUGAAUGUACUGAGGAACUGUCUAGCAGUUAGGAAAUGAUGAGAAAUGGGGAAACCGUGAAGCUUUUUGAGUCUUGACUGAGUCCGUUGCUGAAAGCUGCGCUGUCCCAGACCACAAGAAAUAUACUGUGUUGGAUGUUGUAUGUGUUGGAGAAAAGAGAGAGGAAAAGUCCUGCAGUGGCAAAAUUAACUAGGAGCAUGUCUGGUUAUUGGAGUUUACAUUCUCAUGGCUUGGUGAGCUGUGGGUUUUCCGAUUAUUUGUGUGUAUCAUUUCAGUGAACAACUGAUUUGAUUUGAAUGUGUUCAUCCCCCUCUUUCUCAUAAAAUUGUUAAUUAAUUGAAUUAAGUGAUCCCAUAUGAGCAAUAACAUUGGAUUUUAUCAGUCUAAACCCUCAUAUCUUGAGAUGGGAAUUAAAAAUCAGACUUUGGUAACGAAUACAGGUCAACAUUUUAACUCUUGAAACUUCACAAGGCGUUAAUUUGGAAAGUUUUUAAAGCCAGACUUCAGUUUGGGUUAUCUCUUACAUCAUGGGGUUGAUCCAUGUAAUAUAUUGAUGCCUUUAAUUUAUUUCUAAUAUUGUAAUAUGUCAUUAUUUUUAUUGUAUUAUUAUGAUUUUUGAUGCAAGAUUUGGUCUAAGUGAUCUUCUGAAACUUCUAAAAGAAGUGAGUGGCCCUUAUUAGUUCAAUCAGCAUUUUAUCUGUAACUUUCUCUGGAAAAAAAGAAAAAAGGUUUCACUUGAUUUUUCAUGUAAGCCAUUAUUUAAAAAUGUUCUUAAGUCAGUCACAUCAAAAACACUUAAUUCUGGUGUGAUAUUGGGCUAUAAUAUUUUAUUCUCUGGUAUUUUGAGUCGGUCUUAACCAGAGCAGAGGAGGCGCUGUGUGUGUGUGUGUGUGUGUGUGUGUGUGUGUGUGUGUGUGUGUGUGUGUGUGGGAUGGUUUUAUAUUUGUUGUACAUUCUGCUUUCAAGUGACAAGGUUCAAAAGUUUUGUUGAGAAGAUGGCAGGACAUUUUUUAAUUGUGCGCUUUUGUACUUAUUUUUCCUAAGAACAAGAACUGAUAACGAAAACGUGUUUGAGUCCGUGAUGGAAACUAAACGAUGAGUAUGGAAACACGAAACAUUGUGAGAAAUUGAGACACAAUGGCUCUUUAUUUCCAUAUGACUGAUGAUCAUGUGUUUUGACAAAGAAAAUCGAAGAAUGUUGAUGACAAAAAAAAGCUGAAAGUUGGUAGAGACUGGCAUCGGCAAAGAUGCCUGACGCAAAGACUGUACAAAUGUUGUGCAAGGACACUUUCCGAUGAAUGAGCGAUUGUGAUAUCCCUCGGUGGUGACAGAAUUACAUUUCUAGUCAAUCAGGCUGUUAGCCCUGUACAGUACAUAGACUAGUAAGGGUUUCAUUCUAAAACAGAUCCAAAUUUGCAAAAAUAUGUUACCUAUUUUCAUUACUCGGUAUUUAAAGAACAAAGAUGAUUGCACCCUCAAAAAUGGCACUACUUUGUAUAUAAUAAGUUAAAUACAGGUAAAACUUAAUUAUUAUCAUUAAUCCGUGAUUCAUGCCAGCGGUCAUGUUGUCAGAGUCUGUGUGUGUCAAACUUCAAAGGGUGGAUAUCUCCUUUUGGAAUGAAACUCUUCAAGUCAGUAGAGUCACGAUGAAUGUAUGAGAUGUCAAGUACAAAAAACAGUACUGCACACUGCACAACAACAAAAGGAAAAAAAAAAAACAACAACAGUAUUUCAAAAGUGACAGUAUUAUAAUCACAUGUGCAUUCAAUGAUCAAAAUACAUAAAAAAAAAAAAUGUAGGUGGUGGUUGUGUUACCACAGUAUUCCAUCCAUUGAAUAUCAGGUAAACUGUUCUUUAAUGUGA